UCCAACCAUAUAUGACUAAUUCAGCAAGAAAACACUUGGAGCUUGAGUUUCCACCGUCAGGACAGCUCUUCCCAGAGAAGAUGGAAAACAGCUUCUCACCUGUCCCGUGAGACAGAGAAGAGGAUGCUCCUGCAGCAAUGAACUGCCAAGGGGUGUGUCGGGAUGAGAGUGAGAAGGAAAGCAAAAGCCUCCUCUCUACACUCUUACUAUGAAGAAAGAAAGAUACGUUUGACUUUGGUAAUGUGAGUGUUAGAAGGACUAAAGCCUUCCUGGUACCACUGAAAACAGUACGGGCACUCUUUGGAAAGGCUGGCUUUUAAAAGUUUUUGUUUUGUUUUGUUUUUUUAAUUAAAAGAAAAACCACAGAAUUUGGGCCACAUCACCCCAAUACCGAUAAGAGUCUAAAGAAAAAUAACAUUUAGCAGGACCAUUUACUAGCACAUGCCCAGCAGUAAUCAUACUCUGCAAUACAACUGUGGUUAUAAAAAGUCAGUAGCUGAUGAAACGUGGCAUUUGGUUGAUGGCAACAGUAACCUCUGUUCAGGUCUGCCGCCCUCAUGUGGUUGGACGCGUGUUCAUAGCUAACAUUUUGUUGGUUCGAGUGAUAACCUGCUGGAUCCUAUUUCACACACACAGCUGCGGACCUCCGUAAGAAAACGGGGAGGGGACCGCUCUAAGGCACCGAUUCACAGAGCCCUGAGGCCCGGUCACUGGGCGGUGGCGACUCCAGGCUGUGGGCAUCACCACUUCUUGGGAGAGGGUGUCCGCCCCUGCACUCGCAUCCUCGCUGGGCGCCCGGAGGCAUCCCUCCCCAGGCAGCGGCGGGACUCCCCCGCUCACCUCCCGGCAUCCACCGGCAUCCGCCCGCGCGCCCGGAAGAGCUGGAGCUCGGCGGUCCAAACAAAGCCCGCGGGUAUUGUUGUCUAGUGCGCUCCGAAGGUCGCCUAGACUACCCGGCGCGGCCACACCCACAGCGUCUGGCAAUCUAGACCAGUCUGGUACCAGGCAGAAAAUGGAAAAGCCUCCAGAAGAGGCUCUGGCGGAAUCAUCGGAAAACCAAAGUACAGCCAAGUCCCCAAAUGACAGCCACACAGACAGCCAGGAAGACAACAGACAGAACCAGGAUGAAGUGGAAGCUGAUGACCAGACUGAUCACGGAGCAGCUGACCAGGCUGCCCAGAUAGUGUCUGCCCCGGCUGAACCCAACGUAGUUAAUGAAGCUGACCACAAAGCAUAUGACUCCAUGGGAGAAAGAACAUCUGAUCGGGCUGACCUCAGAGCAUCCAACCAUGCUCAUCAUGUUGCCGAUCUUAGAGCAUCUGAUCAGGUUAACCGAAGCAUGUCAGAACAGAUGGACGACAAGGCAUCUAGCCAAGCUGGUGGCGUGGAGUCUGAACAGACUGACAGCCAGAUGUCUGCUCUGCCUGAACGAGGUACUUCUGAACAGACUGAACAAAGGGCUUCUGAGCAGAUUGAUCACAGAAUGUCCAGCCUAGCUGAGAGAAGAGCUUCUGAAGAGAUUGACUGUAAACCAUCUGUCCCAUCUUUACAAAGAGCCUCUGAGCAGAGCGAUCACAGAAUGUCCCUCCCGGCUGACCAAAGAGCUUCUCAACAGAUUGAAAGUAGAUUGUCUGGCCUGGUUGAGCGAAAAACUUCUGAACAGAUUGAUCAUAGAUUGUCUGACCAAGUUGACCACCGAACAUCUGUAAAGACGCACCACGAAGUGUAUGACCAAGCUACUAAACCAUCUGAACACCAGGCUGCUGACCCUGACAAGGCUGGCAGUGAAUCUGACCAGGCUGACAAUUUAGUGGAAGAAGAGGAUGAUUACACAGAAGACAACCUGUUUGACUAUGGAGCAUGUAGCCGGUCUGAUGAUAGAUUAUUCCACCAGCUUGGCUGCAGCAAGGAAGACAAAGAGGCUGACUUCAGAGUACAACCCUGCAAAUUUGAGCCUGGCCAGACAGAUGGCAGCAUAACCAAGGCUUCCCUUGAAACUGAAACGGAAAGUGUAGCUGAUCCGCAAGCAUUCAUCCCAUUUGAUCACGGAUUGACCAGUACUUCCCAAACAAAAGACCAAGCCUACUCCCCAAGAUUUCCCUCCAUCUCAUCCAAAUUGGACUAUAUCAUCAGUCAAGAAAAAACUCAACCCGUGGAAACCAAGCCUGUUGAUAUUUCAGAAUACCAGGAAAGAAGGAGUUUUCAGGCAUACAAUCAACCUUAUAAGAAGCAGUUACCUCCUAUAGUACAUGAAGAUCCUUAUCAAGUUUCACUUCGAUACGUGGAGAAACACCACAUUCUGCAAAUAUUCCAGCAGAUCACUGAAAAGCUAGUCUAUGAAAAGCCAGAAGACCCCCUGAGUUUUAUGCUGUGCCAGGAUCUUAGUUCCCCGACCAGGGAUCGAACUCAUGCCCCCUGCAUUGGGAUCACAGAAUCUUAACCACUGGACCACCAGGGAAGUCCCAUGCAAACCGCCUAUUCUUGUGAAUAAGAAGUUGUGAGUAUAUAAUUAUAAUUAUGUCUGCUGAUGUUUUUGUACUCACAUUUGUCCAGAUAUGUUUUUGUUUAAGAGGGGUGUGGACAGGUAUGGUUCCAGAUGGCUGUGUACCUAUGCUUGAAUCUUUAUGCCAAUAAUUUGAUUGGAAACAUUGUAAGGCUAAAACUCAGAUAAAGAGAAUGGUGUUGUUAUGAAUGGCAAACAAUGUUAGUGUGCCAAUGCCUUAUUCGGCUUUCAAAAGGCUAUUUUUUUACCUGCAGUGUUGGCAGAAUUUGCAACAAGUUGACACCAGACAGACAGUGGUAGUGUGGCUUAUUCUUAUGAACAGAUAGGAUUCCAAUGGGUAGAGUUAAGUUGUCUGCCUAAUUCUGUGUUUUAAUUUUUUUAAGAAAGCCAAAGCAGUCCUCCUCAAACUCCAUUAAAAUUACAGUAAAUAUUUACAAAAAGAAGUAAAUCCAUUUUAAUACUCAAAGCAAAAGGGAGAGAAGCCAGAGAUUUUUAUGAUUUCUGUAAACGGAAAGCAGAUGGGGCAACAAUAAUGGAUAAAUUAGGGCAGACAACCCACCUAAAACCCACAGAAGCAGCUAAGUGCAGGAUGUUUUCCAGGCAGACCUCAGACAGCUCCACAGUCAGCGUGGGCAGGUACAGGGGAGAGGAGUGAGCGGUGAGUAACAAAGGACUCCUCCUUUCUUACGACCUUUAUACUCUAUUUUAGUCACCCACCACUGGAGCCACACCUUGUCAUCACCAAAACUGUCCCACAAUGAAAUCACGCAUAUAGUCAAAUUACACUUCCGGAAAUGACACUGAACCUGGAGAAUUUUAUAGAGAAGAUUUGUUUCACAUUUUUAUAAUGAGAGAAAAGUGGGGAUAAUUGUCCAACCUCAAAAUUGACCAACCACAGAUUGAUCAAAUAAAUUGUGGCAUAUCCAUGCAAUGAAAUUCUAUUCAUCCAAUUAACGUUGCUGUAAUUAUUGUUUAAUUAUUUGGAUGAGUAUAGUUGGAUCUACCCCGUAUCAUAUAACAACAUACACAUACAUACACAACAAUAUACAUAUUUACAUAUAAAGAGUUAAACAGAGAAAGAGACAGACAGACUGAAGAGAGAAAAGAAUAGGAAAAUAUGAAAUCUUGACGUGGAAAGCUCUUUUUAAACGUAAUGCCAAAGGCAGAAAUUAUUAAGGACAAUAUUUAUAUAACUGACAUGAAAUAUUUUUAAAUGUAUGAGAAAAAGUUAGCAAAAAGGCAAACGAUUAAUUGAGAGUAAUAGAUGCAAUGAAUAUGUCAGGUCAAUAUCCUAAAUAUGUAACAAAUUCCCAGAAAUCAGUUUUUAAAACUGUAAAUACCCCCAGUCAAAGAAGAGGGCCAAGAAUAUGAGUGGGAAACUUACUGAAGAUAACAUAUAAAUAGCCAAAGAAAUAUAAAUUAACACAAAAAUUAGAUACCAAUUAAAUAUUUUUUAUAAACAAACAAAAAAAAACUUUCAUAGAUGAUACCUACUCUGGCUUAAAGUGCAGAGAAAUGGGCACUUUCUUAUACUCCUGUGGGGAGUAUAUAUUUUACAACCUCUCUGGAAUGCAGUUUGAUCCCAUGAAUCCAAAAACUUUAAAAUGAAUAUACCCUUUAGCCAGAAAUUCUAAUUCUAGGAAUUUGUAUGAAGAAAAUAAUGAAAUGUGGUUAAAAUUUUCCAUAGCAUUAUUUAUAAUAUUGAAAAAUUGAAAAUCUGAAUUUUCAACCUGAGAGAUUCAGUAAGUACAUAAUAACAUAUUCAUAUGGUGAGAUACAAUACAUCCACUAAAAUUAUGUUGUAGAAUAAACUCAUAGGGAAAUGUCUGCACGGUAUUGUAAGUAAAAAUAACUGGUUUAGAAGACUGUAAAUAAGUAUGAUCCCAAUUAUUUUGUGAGAAAAUGUAAAGAAGAAAGGUUGAACGUGCCAUGAAGGUAAAUGCCAUGGUUUAUUCCGGCUAGUACUGUACCUGACACGUAAUAGUACCUCAAAUAGUUCCUAAAUGGAUGGUUCCACACCAAAAUGUUCAUUGUGUUUAUCACUGAGUAAGGAAGUAUAGUGAUUUUUAUUUUCUACAAUGAACAUUCAUUCAUUUUGUUAUCAGAAUAGAAUAAUGAAUGUUGUUUUUAAAGCAGAGAAUAAUUUAGGGCAAUACUUAAAGAAAUACAGAUACCAAAAAAAAAAAAAGAAAUGUAGAUACCGCCAUAUAAUUGGCACUUUGGUCCUGUGCUUGUGGCUCUACUCAAACACUAUUUAAUAAAAUGAAUUUUUUUCCCCCAGGACUGAGUAGACCUAACUCACCCUAAACCUCCCGGAUCAGAAAUUCAUUCAUUCAUUUGAAACUUACUCUAGUUUUGGUGAAGCAACAAGGGCAGAGGAAAAAAGACAACAAAUAAAUUAAUAAGAUAAUAAUCGACUGUGAUUAUUUUUUGAAGGAAAUAAAACAUGAUUAUAUGAGAAAAAGUCACUGGCAUGGAGAAGGCAGGGUACUUUAGGUAGGGAGAUAAGGAAAGGCUUCUCAGAGGAAGUGAGAGCUGAGCUGCAUUUCAAGGUUGAUGGGAACCACUGGGAGAAAUGGAUUUCCGCUAAUGGGAAUAGCAAGUGCAAUAACCCUGUGGCUGGAACAUACAUAGGGUGAAAGUAGUACCUAAUGAAGCUGCAGAAGAGUACAUGGGCAACUUGUAAGCCAUGGUAAGGAGUUUGGAUCUUAUGCUGAGGGCAGAGAGAGCUACUGGACUUUUUAAACAAAGGAAUGACAAAAUCUGAUUUAUUGUCUUAAAAGUUCUCAGCACAGUUCUGAUAAAGAGGGUAGCUUUAAAUUGCAUUACGGAAUCUUCUGCCCCCAAAAUCUAAUAAAAUAAACAAAAACUUUAAAAAAUCAAAAGUAUAUAUACUUAGUAAAUACCAAAUUGAGAGACCACAACCUAUUCACUGUUCUUCAAAAGCUGGUGGCCAGGGAAAGAAAAAGAAAUUUCUGGGGGGAAAGCAGAGAAACACAGCUGUAUUUGUAAGAAGACAAAGGUCUACAAUUCUUACUCUUACCCUUACAUCCAGACAGCGUUGCUUCAUCUUUAUUUGGACUUCUAACCAGGAAGUAGUGUAGUGGGCAUGAGUGAGGGGGCCAGCUGGCUCCUGACGGAGGUGCCAUUUCAGAGCUAGAUUCCCAAAUGAGACUUGGACCCAAGCCCUGGAGUCUUCGAACAUAAUUGGUCAGGCCAAGAAGGAGACAGCUAUGGGGACUGAGAAGGAACAACCAGAGAGAUGGAAGCACAAGGAGAAUAUGGUAUGAUGGAAGCCAGAAGAGAAAAGCAGUAUGAGAAAGAUGGUGUCAUCAGCUGUACCAUCAGCUGCUGAGCGACUGAGUAAAAUGAAGACAAACGAGAGUCCACUGUUGUUUAUAAAACAGAAGCAGACUCACAGACAUAGAAAACAAACUUAUGGAUACCAAAGAGGAAAGGGGGCUUAGGGGUAAAUUGGAAAUUUGGGUUCGCGGAUACACACUGCUAUAUAUAAAUAAACAACAAGGGCCUACUGUGUAGCACAGGGAACAAUACUCAAUAUCUUGUAGUAACCUAUAAUGGAACAGAACUGAAAAAGUAUAUGCAUAUAACUGCGUCACUUUGCUGUACACCUGAAACACUGUAAAUAAACUGUAUUUCAAUAAAAAUAAAUAAUAA